AUGGGGAGGCCCUGGAGGGUCGAUGCUCCGUUAGGAUCGUCUGGGAGCAAAUCAGGACAAGUCUGGGCCCCUGAAGGAUCAACAGCUUUCAAGUGUCUCAUCUCAGCCAGGUUCUGUGCAGCUCUCUUAAGCAACAUCUCUGAUUGUGAUGAGACGUUUAACUACUGGGAACCAACACACUACCUGGUUUAUGGAAAGGGGUUCCAGACGUGGGAAUACUCCCCAGCCUAUGCCAUUCGCUCCUAUGCUUACCUCUGGCUUCAUGCCUUACCAGCCUUGUUCCACGCUAGAGUUCUACAAACUAACAAGGUUCUUAUCUUCUAUUUCCUCCGAUGCUUCCUGGCCUUCCUGAGCUGCAUUUGUGAGCUCUACUUCUACAAGGCUGUGUGCAAGAAGUUUGGGCUACAUGUCAGCCGGCUGAUGUUGGCCUUCUUAGUGCUCAGCACGGGGAUGUUUUGCUCAUCUGCAGCUUUCCUCCCAAGCAGCUUCUGCAUGUACACCACAGUGGUUGCCAUGACUGGCUGGUAUAUGGACAAAACCUCUGUAGCAGUGCUGGGGGUGGCUGCUGGAGCCCUGCUGGGCUGGCCCUUCAGUGCAGCUCUUGGGCUCCCUAUUGCCUUUGACUUCUUGAUACUGAAGCAGAGGUGGAAAAGCUUCCUGAACUGGUGUGUGGUGUCCCUGAUCUUGUUCUUGGUGCCCUUGGUGGUUGUGGAUAGCUAUCAUUAUGGGAAGCUGGUGGUUGCACCUCUCAACAUUGUUUUAUACAACGUCUUCACCUCUCACGGACCUGAUCUCUACGGUACGGAACCCUGGUCCUUCUAUUUCAUCAAUGGCUUUCUGAAUUUCAACGUGGCAUUUAUUUUGGCACUGCUUGUGCUGCCCCUGACCUGUCUCAUGGAGUGUCUGCUUCAGAAAUUCCAUGUUCAGAAUCUGGGCCGUCCCUACUGGCUGACACUGGCUCCAAUGUACAUUUGGAUCAUGAUUUUCUUCAGUCAGGCCCACAAAGAAGAGAGGUUCCUCUUUCCCAUCUACCCCCUCAUCUGUCUCUGUGGUGCUGUGGCUCUCUCUGCUCUGCAGAAAUGUUACCACUUCGUCUUCCAGCGCUACCGCCUGGAGCACUACACAGUGUCCUCCAACUGGCUGGCCCUGGGGACUGUCCUUCUCUUUGGCCUUCUGUCAUUGUCACGUUCUGUUGCCUUAUUCAGAGGCUACCAUGGGCCCCUGGACCUGUAUCCAGAAUUCCACAGGAUUGCUACUGAUCCAAGUAUUCACACUGUGCCAGAGGGGAGACCAGUUAAUGUCUGUGUGGGAAAGGAGUGGCACAGGUUCCCAAGCAGCUUUCUCCUGCCAGAUAAUUGGCAGCUCCAGUUCAUCCUGUCAGAAUUCAGGGGCCAGUUACCAAAACCAUUUGCCAAGGGACCAAUGGCCACACGGAUCAUUCCCACUGACAUGAAUGACCAAAACAAGGAGGAGCCAUCUCGAUAUAUUGACAUUUCCAAAUGCCACUAUCUGGUGGACUUGGAUACAGCAGCUGAAAGCCCAAGGGAGCCAAGGUAUUCCUCCAACAAAGAAGAGUGGGUAACCAUUGCCUACAAGCCAUUCCUAGAUGUUUCCAGGUCCUCACGGCUGCUCCGUGCGUUCUACGUCCCGUUCCUGUCCGAGCAGCACACAUGGUAUGCAAACUACACCAUCCUGAAACCCCGGAGGUCCAAGCAAGCCAGGAAAAAAAUGGGAGGCUAG